AUGAACGGCACGCGACGCGAUGCCCCGCCGCAUCGUCACCAGAAGAAUGGCGAUGUCCCCGACGCGGGGCUGAGGAGCCUUGAUCACUAUAAGAGAGCGCUGCCAAAAUGGAGAUACAAUCUGCGACAACAGGCACUUCCUCUUGUCCGGUGGGAGACGCCGUAUCUGGCUGCGCUCCAGAGCAAGCUGCGCACGCCGGCGCUCGACAGCUACUUCGCCAUCACCGCCAACCUCGGCACCCAUACGUUUUUCAUGAUCUUCCUGCCGAUGCUGUUCUGGGGUGGCUAUGCGGCCUUUGCUAAGGGGCUGGUCCAUAUCUUGGCGCUGGGUGUCUUCUGGACAGGCUUCGUCAAGGAUUUCUACUCGCUGCCUCGACCGCUGUCGCCGCCUCUCCACCGUAUCACCAUGUCUGGAUCUGCUGCGCUCGAGUAUGGCUUCCCCUCCACCCACAGCGCCAAUGCGGUUUCGGUUGCCGUGUAUGCCAUUCUGCACUUGCGAAGCCCCGAUAAUCCCUUUUCUGAGACGACGAAGCUGGCCCUCGAGAUCCUGUCGUACUUUUAUGGUGUAUCAAUCAUCUUUGGGCGCCUCUACUGCGGCAUGCAUGGUUUCUUGGAUGUCAUCAUAGGAUCUAUAAUGGGGGCUGGUAUCACCUUGCUGGAAUACUACCUCGGGCCGCCGUUGGAUGCCGCUAUGCAGUCCAGCUCCUGGGUGGCUCCCGCCUUGAUCGGCAUCGUCAUUGUCAUCCUUAUACGGAUCCAUCCCGAACCAGCAGACGAUUGCCCCUGCUUCGACGAUAGCGUGGCCUUUGCCGGCGUAGUCAUCGGCCUGGAGGCUGGAACCUGGACCGCUGGAAGAUCGUUCCUAGCUUACGCCGAGGCUAGCAUGGGCGCUUUGCCGUACACAUGGUUGGUUGUCGCGGCGAGGAUGGUGGUUGGAAUCGUCGUCAUCUUUCUUUGGCGCGAAAUCAUGAAGCCCACGCUGCUCAAAGUGCUGCCCCAUGUAUUCCGCCUUAUCGAGUCGACCGGAUAUGACCUGCCUCGAAGGUUCUUCACACCGGCUAGCGAGUACAAAUCUGUGCCUCCCGGAUCACGGCUGGAUACCCUCUUCCCCACGGCCUCUGACUUCCCUCGCAUGGUUGAGAGUAUUCGACACCCUACAACUCGAGGACGAGCCGUCUCCAUCGGACCACAGAGCGCAGCAGAUGCGUACGAAACCUUGGCUUACCGAGAGCGGCAACGAAGAGACAGCAUUGGAAGCAACUCUAGCCUAAAGGGCAAAUCAAACCUUUUGGAUCUUGACGAGGAGGACGAAGACAAGUCAGGCAAAGGCGCCCAAACUUCUGGGGUCCAAAAGCCGGCUUACAAGGAGAAUGAGCCGUCGAGAGGCCCGAACGACGCCCCUGCCAUGCAAGGCGGGGCAGAGAAUGGGAGUCUAGACGCCUAUCUUACCAUGGAAAAUGCGCGCGAAGAAAAGGAGAUGUUUUCGCAGCUGGUGAGGCCGCGAGUGAGAUACGACGUCGAAGUUGUCACAAAACUCGUCGUGUAUUCAGGAAUCUCAUGGUUUACAGCCGCCGCAAUUCCAGUGUUAUUCUAUUUCCUUGGCCUCGGUGUUGUCCAUACGGCGGUUCCGUGGGAUAAGUUGCUCGCCUCGAAUUGA